GAUGGGUGGGACACAAUAACUCGCGCUUCACGACCACUGGACACACUUUCGAUCCACUCCGGAGACGAGCCAGUGAAGAAUAACAUAUCUUAAAAUGUUGCUCAUAGUACUCGUCUUGUGUUUGUGUCCAGUAUUUCAGUGCCAAAUUGAGGAUUCUGAAUUUCCAGAGGAUGUGGACCUUGAAGACUACAUGAUUUCUGACAUGGAUUUAAAUGCCGCUCCUUAUAGAGUACCGCGGCAGGUGAAAACGCUACUAACUAAGGAAACUAAACCUCACAUUCAGGAGCUGUCAGUCCAGACCACCAUCAUCUCGCACUAUGCCUUCACUGCGGUGUCCUGCAGCAUGCUCAACAGACACUCUGCUGCAGCUCAAGGGAUCUUUCAGUUCCACAUCCCUUCUUCUGCAUACAUCUCCAACUUUACCAUGAUUGUGGGAGGACGAGUCUUUCCCAGUCAGGUAAAGUCCAAAGAGAAGAAGAUGAAGAAGGAAGGGGGAGAAACCAAUAGCAAACCGAAGAUAAGGGACUCACCAGAACAGAGUGAGGGUGAAAUGGAGGUGUUUCGCAUGGAGGUCACUAUUCCAGGACGUAACCGUGCCAUGUUCCUCCUGACCUACGAAGAGCUUCUGGAGAGGCGGUUGGGCCGUUAUGAACAUGUGACCAGUGUUAGGCCCAUGCAAUUGGUCAGCAAACUCAGUGUGGGCGUUACCAUUGUGGAGCACUCCCGCAUCACUUACCUAGAAGUCUUACCCUUACGGAAUGGCAAAACUUCAGCUUCCAAUGGCAAUGGAAAGGCAGAUGGUAAAGUAGGACCACCAGUUUCCACAUUAGUUAAACAAAAUGAAACCUUCUGCAAGAUCAGCUUCACUCCCAACAUUCCCCAGCAGGCCAGGAUUGCCACCAAUGGCAUGCUAGGAGAGUUUGUGGUGCACUAUGAUGUAGAGAGAGAAAUGGGCAUCGGGGAUAUACAGGUGCUCGAUGGACAUUUUGUGCACUAUUUUGCCCCUAAAGACUUGCCUGUGGUACCUAAGAAUGUUGUAUUUGUAAUUGAUACCAGCGCUUCAAUGGUUGGGACCAAAAUCAAACAGACCAAAGAGGCUUUGUUCACAAUCCUACGCGAGCUACGACCCAACGAUCACUUCAAUUUUGUCUCUUUUUCCAAUCGCAUCCGUGUAUGGCAGCCAGGCAAACUAGUGCCAGUCACACCCAACAAUAUACGCGAUGCCAAGAAGUUCAUCUACAUGAUCUCACCCACUGGGGGCACUGACAUCAACAGUGCCAUUCAGACAGGCUCGAAAUUGCUGAGUGACUACUUAUCCAGCACAGAAGAGGCCCAUCACAACAGUGUGUCACUCAUCAUCUUCCUGACGGAUGGGCGGCCCACGGUAGGCGUUGUGCAGAGUCAAACCAUCGUUGGUAACACCAAAGCAGCAGUCCAGGAGAAGUUCUGCCUCUUCACCAUUGGGAUGGGUGAUGAUGUAGACUACAGGCUGCUGGAAAGGAUGUCCCUGGAGAACUGUGGAACCAUGAGGAGGAUCCCAGAGGACACUGAUGCUAGAAAUAUGCUCAAAGGCUUCUACGAUGAGAUUGGCACACCACUGUUAUCUGAUAUCCGGGUGGAAUACUCAGAGGAUGCUGUGGAAUACAUCACCAAGAACCUUUUCUCUAAUUACUUCAACGGCUCAGAGCUUGUCGUGGCGGGAAAGCUGACCAAUCGCAGCUCAGACUCGCUACAUGUUCAGGUGACCGCCAGCAACAGUGAGCGAAGCAUCUUGCUAGAGAAAGACGUGUCUUUACGAGAACUUGAGCGGGAAACGGAAAGGCGGCUAGCUGAAGCAGAAGCGGGGCCGAAUGUGGACGGUUACGUGGAGCGACUGUGGGGAUAUCUGAGCAUUAAAGAUGGACUAAAGGGACGACUUCGCAGCCAGACAAGCAGAGAGCGAGAAAACUACACGCACCAUGCUACGAAUCUUUCUUUAAUGUACAACUUCCUCACGCCGCUUACACAAAUGGUCGUGGAGAAACCACAAGUGCUUGCCAAUGGAACUUUAGCAGAGGCAGUAUCCACAGAAGCCCCACCCACCAAAGCUCCACCCUCUACUGAAUCAUUCAGUCUGCUAUCAGAAGAUGACAACAACGUAACACCCCAGAACCUCAUCGGAAAUGGACAACCGAAAGCGAGUUCUGCAGUCACUAAGGCAACAAGUGGCAUACGCAAGCCCGCCAAAAAGUCUGUCACCCUAUCCAAAACAUCCGCUGAUGGAGAUCCUCAUUUUGUGGUGGACCUCCCCCACAGUAAACUGACUGUAUGUUUCAACAUCAAUGGAGAGCCAGGACACAUCCUCAGACUGGUGACUGACCAUAAAUACUCAGGUGUGACUGUGAACGGUGCACUGAUUGGUGCUCCAGCCCCAACUGGCAGUCAUAAAGAACAGAGGACAUAUUUCAGCACAAUAACUAUAAUAGCUGAUAAGCCUAAUCGCUCUUACAUUGAGGUGACCCCACAAAAGAUUAUACUGGAUGGCCGUGACCGGAUGAUUCUUCCUUCCAGCUCCAGUAUUUCAGUUGAAACUACAAACCUGGCUGUGGUAUUCAUUGCUAACACCAACCUGACAGUAACCAUCCAAGGGACCAUCAAAUUUAUCAUUGUAUUCCACCAUUACAAAAAUCCAGCCCCCUAUCAGCGAGAUCACCUGGGCUUCUACAUUGCUAACAGCAAAGGGCUAAGCAAGAAUACACAUGGUUUGUUAGGUCAAUUCCUGUAUGAGGACAUUGGAUUGACACAACUUCCUGGAAACUUCAGCAUGGCUGUAGAAAACAGCACACAGGAAACACUAGGGAAAAAUGUCACGCUACCCAGUUACCCUGCUCUGAAGGUGAAGAAUCGAACCGUCACUGUUAUAAAAAAGAGUCGACGAAUCUACUCAGGAAAGCAGACGGUAGACUGCUGGUUCGCCAAGAACAAUGCGGCUAAACUGAUUGACGGACAGUACAAUGAUUAUGUGGUGUCGCAUCUGUUUGACACAGGGGACUGGGCUAAUGGAACUAACACACACUGAGACACACACACACACCAUAUGCACAGUAUAUGAUUCCAUUGGUCUGAAGUGUCAUAAAAAAUAUGUAUUCCCAUAAACAUUUUGGAAACCAUAACACACUCCAGUAUUUGAGUUAUAUAAUUUAUAUUCAAUAAUGUGUGGACAUACUACUUUACUGUUUCUAUUGUACAAACAUGUUAAUAUAUACUGUAUAUUUUUAGUUCAUACAGUAAUAAGACUCAUUUUAUACUAAUGAAUUAAAUAUUAACAAAAAGACUGACAUUGUUUUAGAUAUAGAGCGCAACAGUAGGGUUCCAGAGGUAAAAAUUCCAUUAAUUUUCUCCAUAGAGAAAUUGAUGUUAAUGAUGCAUACAAACCUUUCAAGACAGAUCGACCAUGCAUGAGCUCAGAGAUUAAGCCAUGAAAUAUACUUCUGUAGAAGUCACAAAGCAGUGUGAUUUCAACUUCAUUUGUAAAAAAAGUGCUUUAUAGCCCAAUUCCCAGUGAAUCACUACACUACCCAUAAGCCUCAAGAGAGAUCAACCAAUCAGAGGAGUUGCUGUUACCAUAGAACCCUCGUUCUUUGAAACUCUUGCAAGAUUUGCUGCUACCAAGGUUAGGGUUACGUUUAGGGGUAGGGAUGCAGCGGGACUCCAAAUAAACAGCAUAUGAAUUUCUCAUUUAAAUUUCACAAGACCUUGCAGAACAAAUACUUAUCAUCAUGAUACAGUCAAACUCAGUGACUUCCCACUUCCAUUCAGGGUUGCCAACUCUCCCGUUUUAGCCAGAGGCAUCCCAUAUUUUGUCCAAAAUUACAACUUCCCAUUCCCAUUUUUCCAAGAGGAAAAAUGGCUAAAUGCUUUAGGGGGAACCCUGUUCAGUAUUGAAGGGCUCAAAAUGCUAGUGUCCUGUAUUUCAAUGGCAAAAAGUUGGCAACCCACUCCCAUGAAACAUUGUGAAUGACAUGACCAUAUGAAAAUUUUGAUAAUAAUUUUAACAUAUUACAUUUUAUACUUAUUGGUAAUGACUUAAAGAAAAUAGUAUAGCAUCAUACUGUUGUUUCUGAUGUAUCAUUCACAAAGCUUCCUGGGAUGAGUAGUUAAUUUCCUUCUAAGGCACAUUUUUGUUGUUGCUUAGAAUCAAAUGUUAUUGUGAUUCAUCUGGAAACUUUUUGAUUUUGUAAAUAUCUAUUCAGAAAUAAUUAAUGGGAAACAUACUUUCAGAAACAAUUAUGCUGAAGAAGUGGGUGAUUACUGUUGCACUCUAUUACGAAGGAUAAAAAGUGUUCAUGUUGAGCAAACAACAA